CGAAACAGAGAGCUGAAUGACUGGCGUUUUAUGGCGCUGCAAGGGAGAGCUGAUGCUCGUUCUGCGCUAAGCCCGAAACAGGAAGCGAUCCGCUCACCGCUCCCGCGAAAAGUGGGCGGUCGAGUUGCACCAUCGAGGUGGCCACGACUUUUAAUACUCCUACAACCUCGCAGCACCGGCGCCAAUUCGAAUCGUUGAGACGGAAAAGAGCAGGCACAACAAAGCUCACUGUCCAAUUUCAUCCACGAACGCGCUGUCAACAUGGUCGUUGGUUCUGUCCUCGUCACCGGUGGUACGGGCUACAUUGGCUCCUUCACGGCGCUCGCUCUGCUGGAAGCCGACUACAAAGUCGUCAUAGUCGACAACCUUCGCAAUUCCUCAAAAGAAGUCGUCAACCGCAUCGAGCUCAUCUGCGGGAAGCGGCCAGUCUUCUACGAGAUCGACAUCACCGAGGAAGCUGCUCUGGACAAAGUCUUCGCCGAGCACCCUGACAUCGACAAUGUGAUCCACUUCGCUGCGUUGAAGGCGGUUGGCGAAUCUGGAGAGAUCCCGCUGGAGUACUACCGCGUGAACGUGGGGGGCAGUAUCUCCCUCCUCCGCGCCAUGACCAAGCACAACGUCACAAACAUUGUCUUCUCAUCCUCAGCCACCGUGUACGGGGAUGCCACGCGCUUCCCCAACAUGAUCCCAAUUCCAGAGCACUGCCCUAUUGGCCCUACGAACACGUACGGUCGCACCAAGAGCACUGUCGAGAACGUGAUCAGCGACCACAUCGAGGCUCAGCGGAUGAUGGCCAAGAAGAGGGGUGAGACCGACGGCGACAAGUGGAACGCGGCGUUGCUGAGGUAUUUCAACCCCGCUGGUGCGCACCCAAGCGGUGUCAUGGGCGAGAAUCCGCUCGGGGUGCCGUAUAACCUGCUUCCUCUCCUUGCGCAGGUAGCUAUCGGCAAGCGAGAAAAGCUGCUCGUCUUCGGUGACGAUUACAAGUCCAAGGACGGCACCGCGAUCCGCGACUACAUCCACGUGCUCGACCUGGCCAAGGGGCACCUGGUCGCCCUCAACUACCUCCGCGAGCACCACCCUGGCGUAAAAGCUUGGAAUCUCGGCACCGGCAAAGGAUCCACCGUCUUCGAUAUGAUCAAAGCCUUCAGCAAGGUGGUCGGCCGUGAUCUCCCCUACCAGGUCGUCGAGCGCCGCCAAGGCGACGUGCUUGAUUUGACGGCGAAUCCAACGCUGGCGAACCGGGAACUCGAGUGGAAGACAGAGCUGACGCUCGAAGACGCAUGCGCCGACCUGUGGAAGUGGACGGAGAACAACCCCGAAGGCUACAAUCAAGAGCCGCCGAAGCAGUUUGUGGAGGCGCUGAAGAAGAAUGCGUAACUGCCUGCAGGUGAAGGACAGGGGCUUGGUUAAAUGGGAGCAUAGUGAAGCGGGCGUUGGAAAAAGUUCCGGUUCUAAUAGAAGGAUAUGCUGGGACGAGGGUCUCUAAGUAUGGAUCUACCGAGCCGUGCGCGUCUUCAUCAAAACGAUCACUCAGAAAACAUGAC